UUGCAGAGGUUUUGUUGAGUCUUGGGGUCAGAAAGUGUCCUAGUGCUGCUAGGGUAGUUCUAGGUAGUCAUGGUAGCGAUUGUUAGGAUGUUGCUUGGGUACCUGAGGUGGCUGCUAGGGUGGUAAUGGUGAUAGCUGAGUGUUAGAAAAGAGAAAGAGAGGGAGUGAAAUUGUGGGUUUUAUUUGUUUGAAGUUUAAAAAAAGUCAAGACAGAGAAAAAGUAAAUAGAUGGAAUAAAGCAAGAAACCAGUGAAGAUGAAAAGAAGGAGGUGAAAUAGACUGAUGAACUGAGAUGGGGAGAGAAAGAGUGUGAAGAAGACAGGAUGAGAUUGAGCGAAAGAGAAAGAGUGUGAGGAAGACAGGAUGAGAUUGAGAGAAAGAGUGAGGAAGACGAGAUAGAGAGGGAAAGGGAGUGAAGUGAUUGGCUUCAUAUAUUUGACUUAGAAAAAAUGAAUGGAGGGAGGUUCUGGAGAGAGAGAAUGAGUGGAGGUAGGAAAGAACAAGGACAUGGGGGAGCAAGGAGAUGUUUAGAAUGAUCAAUGGGAUAGACUGGAAGUUAUAUUAGCUUAUCUUUAAUAUCCUAAAAAAGUAUAAAGUUUGGAAAAAUGAAAAAUACAUAGGUGUAGUGUCAAGACCUACGCAACAACGUUUGAACGAAGUUUGUACUAAAAACAAGAAGGAGAAGAAGCCUAGGAAUAACAGUACAUGGCAUUGCAUGCACUGUAUCAAGAAGGCCAGGAAGAACAGUACAUGGCAUUGCAUGCACUGAAGCCACCGGAUAACAGUGCAGUGCAUUGCUUACUACUGGAACAAGACCCAUUUUCAAUUGAAGUGUCGUAAAUUGCAAAUCAGCUAAAUUUGCUGUCAUUUGAAAAUGCUUUCAAGUGCCGUACAUUUGCAAGACGUAUGUGUGACUGAUCUGUUUCCGUUUUUUUUUUUUUUUUUUUUGAAAUGGCAGUGCCACCUCAGCUGAACUACCUCAUCAACACACUGUUUCUGUUGGCACGCCAAAAGCCACAACCAUAGUCGGUGGCUAGUUAUUUUUCUUGCUGUGGUUUCGGGCGAGGGCUGCCUUGUUUUUCUGUUACAAUGAAACUGAGAAAAGCCUGCACGUGGUUGGCGCUUGCCCUGCUGUCCUUGAUGUUAAGCACAUAUAUGGUAUUGCUAUACUUUCUGGACUUGCCCAAACUGACAGGAAACAGCCAUGGCUGGCAUCGAAACAUUUCAAUCCUGCUGUGGCACUGGCCCUUCAACCGCCCCUACCCGCUGGAGGGAGAUGUCUGCCUCGAUAUGUACAGCAUUCCACGGUGUCUACUCACCGACAACCGCUCGCGCUUUGACCAGGCGGACGUGGUGGUUUUUCAUCAUUAUGAGCUCGAAAUGGCCCACCAGAAACUUCCGUUGCACCUGCGGCGCCCGCCGGCUCAGAAGUGGGUUUGGUUGUCGCUAGAAUCUCCGGCGAUGAAAAAUAUCAGUGCAUACAACCACCUGUUUAACUGGACCAUGACCUACCGGCAGGACGCGGAUAUAUUCAUGCCUUACGGGAGGAUGAUUCCUCAAAGGACAAACGAAAGUUUCCUCAUUCCAAAGCACCGCUCGUGUCUCGCCAGCUGGGUCGUCAGCAACUACAAUAGUCACCACAACAGAUCUCGUGUGGUCCUUCAACUGCGUAAGCACAUUCGCGUCGAAGUCUAUGGCUCGUCUUACAGGAGGCCUUUGGCUAGAGAGCAAUUGCUGCCCACCAUUGCCCGCUGCCAUUUUUACCUGGCCUUUGAGAACGCCAUCUCCAAAGACUACAUCACAGAGAAGCUGUGGAGGAAUGCCUUCCAAGCUGGUGCGGUGCCCGUGGUUUUGGGACCACCUCGGUCUAACUACGAGGCGUUUGUGCCUCGUGAUUCUUUCAUCCAUGUUAAUGACUUCAACAGCACUGAAGAGCUGGCCUCCUUCCUCAAGAGGCUGGCUACGGACAAAGCCCAAUAUGAGUUGUACUUCAAGUGGCACAAAAAGCAUGCCAUUCACGUGUACUCAGACUGGAGGGAAAGGCUCUGCCACAUCUGUAAACGCUAUAAUGAGCUGCCCUCUUUCAAAGUCUACCAUGACCUACAAGGCUGGGCCUGGCAGUGAUAUGAUUGGAAUUCAAAUCAAAUAAUCGUGUGUAUAUGCCACUGUGGUGUUUUUGACAUGGAAAACAUAAAGAGAUUUUGUCAUGAGUUUGUCAUUUGUCAAUUUCGUUUGAUUAAUGUCUAAUGAUACUACUAAGACCACAAGUAAAAACCCACAAAUCCCAUGCACAUUACAUACUGUAAGUGUUCUGAAGGUUAUUACAGAAUAGCUUGCUUGAGGUUAACCA